AUGUCACUCGAAGCGAAGGUAAAAUUAACUGAGGAUCUACCGUACCCUAUUACAAUUGCGCAGCUCUAUGUGAAACCUGGCGAACAUGUUGAAAAGGGCCAACGUUUAUUUGCUUAUGAGUAUUGGGACUUUCAGGAAGUGCUUGUGAAGGAUGAGGAGAAGGCUAAGAAGCGCCGUGUUGAUUUAGUUGCUACAUUUGAUAGCCCUGUUUCCGGGGUUGUCCAGUCCUGGAAUUGUUCUGUGAAAGAUGAAUAUGUGAAUGCGAACCACGAAAUUAUUACCAUCAAGCAGGAUUGCAACCAUGACAUUACGUAUGGUGGAUUGUGUGUGCAAUGUGGGAAAACUGUAGAUGAUGAAGAUAACAGUAAGAAUUUGACUAUUUCCCAUGUCAAUACCAAUAUAAAGAUCUCUGAGAAACAGGCCGAGACUCUCGAAAAAUCUUCCUUAAGUAGGCUAAGAAGUGAGAAGAAGCUAGUUCUUGUGGUGGAUUUAGAUCAGACUGUGAUACACUGUGGUGUUGACCCUACCAUUGGAGAGUGGAUGAGAGAUCCCCAGAACCCGAACUAUAAGGCUUUGCAAGAUGUACGCAGUUUUACGCUUGAAGAUGAGCCUAUCAUACCGGCGAUGUAUUACGGACCUAAACCGCCAGCUAGGAAGUCUUGGUAUUACGUGAAAUUGAGACCUGGAUUGAAGGAAUUCUUUGACGCUAUAUCACCACAUUUUGAAAUGCAUAUUUAUACUAUGGCUACAAGGUCUUAUGCGCUUGAGAUUGCUAAAAUAAUCGAUCCCACAGGAGAAUUAUUUGGCGAUAGAAUCUUAUCUCGAGAUGAAAACGGCUCUUUAACGACAAAAUCGUUAGAAAGACUAUUCCCAAUGGACCAGUCUAUGGUAGUUGUCAUUGACGAUAGAGGUGACGUAUGGAAUUGGUUUCCAAAUUUGAUUAAGGUGAUUCCAUACAGCUUCUUUGUUGGUAUUGGUGAUAUCAAUUCCAAUUUUUUGCCAAGACAACAAAACUCGGUGUUACAUUUAGGUAGACAUCAUAGAAGGAAGCAAGAAGAAGAGAAACUUAUAUCGGAUAUCAUGGAUAAUGAAAAGAAGUUGAAGGAAAAAAUCAAUGAAGAGGUUAAAAGACAAGAAGAACUAAUGAGUCAAAUAGGAGAGGAGUCACGGAAAGAAGCUGGCGGGUCAAAUAUGAAUGACAUUUCCAAGAAGCUAGAACAUAGCGCAUCUUUAGAGGUACAACAACAAAAUCGACCUUUGGCUGAACUUCAGAAACAUCUUCACAACCAAACAUUAUUAAUAGACCAAGAUGAUGAACUUCCACAUUUAUCAAAAACUUUAUUACGUGUACACGAAGAGUACUUCAAAGAGUACAGCAAAGAUCCCCAACAUCCUCCUGAUAUCAAAUAUCUCCUACCUCAAAUCAAAUCAAAGGUGUUCAGUGGAUGCCACUUUGUUUUUUCAGGUUUAAUUCCUUUGGAAACAGAUGUGAACAAGGCAGAUAUAGUUCUAUGGACCAAUAUGUUCGGUGCAUCCACAACAUCUGACAUUAACUACGAAACUACUCAUGUGAUAACUAGGACAUCAAGAACUUUCAAGGCUCGUCUUGCGAAAUCCUUCAACCCGGAUAUAAAAAUCGUUCAUCCUGACUGGAUAUUCGAGUGUUUGGUACAAUGGGAAAGAGUAAAGGAAUCGCCGUACGAACUACUUAUUGAAGAUCCCGUUGAUGAAGAAAAGGUCAAAGAAUUUAAGGAAGCUCUGGAUAAAAAGCUUCUAGAUCCAUCCUAUAAUGAUACUUCGUUUAUAGAGGAGGAAGGUCUUGAUGAAGAAUUCCACUUACUUGCCGGAAAUGACGAUUGGUUGGAUAACGACGACGAUGAAAUGGAUGAGCUCCUUAAUGAUGAAGACGAUGAUGAUGAUGAGGCUGAAGAGGAGGAAGAAGAAGGAGAGGCUGAAUUAGAAAGUAAUGAAGAUGAGGAUAAUAAUGAUGACAACAUCGAAGAACCUUCUGCAAAGAGGCUCAAAUUAGAUCCCUCUAGUAUACAGUCUUCAUCAGAAAAUGACCCAGAAACCAACAGUUCGGCUAAUCAUAAUAAUAAUAAUAAUAAUUCAGAGGAUUUCGAAGGUUCAAGUAGCGAUCUAGAUGACGAGCUAGAAGCAGAACUUCUUCAAGAACUAGGAAGCUGA